CCAAGCUCCCGCUUUUAGACGCGCCGGUGCCGCAUUCAGUCGGUCCCGCCGACCACUGCGGCCUCCCGUUUUACCGUCUCCGACUUGUUUGAUUACAGUCGAUCAAACAAGUACUUCCAUUCUCAACGAGGAGCGUCGAUAUCGAAUAGACAUUCCAAUAUUAUUGCGCGUUCAUCUGUCUAUCCUCCUCGCGCGCCCAUCCUUACAAGUUUUUCUCUCACCAUUACUAAACAAACGUGGAGAAUUACCUCAUACUGUCUAGGGAGUCCCAUGAUCGCAGUAAUGCGUCUCUUUGUCGAUGUGAAGAUGCCAGAGGGCGCGCAGCUCUUCAGGCAUCCCUACGCGUCCAGUCGGCGUGCAUUGAAAGAGAUCCGUGCAUCGGAGCGAAGAAAUCUUCUUCGCACACUAUAAAAGCCUGAGGUAUGUUUACUGCUCUUCAGUAUCCUAACGCAAGGCUCAGUGUCCCCAUAGAACACCCAAGCUUACCCUUUUGUCACACAAUGACCACCACUCUCAAGAUCGCCGUUUGUCUUUUCAGCGAUGUGGCCAAUUUGGACUACGGUGGACCUAUGGAGCUGUUCAGCUUCUUAUCCCCUGAGGGUGUCAACGACGGAUUCAUCAAAUCACCUAUCAUCUUACAACCUACCUACCUGGCUGAAUCGCGCGAACCAUUGCGUGGUAGCCACGUUGGACCUUUGAUCACUCCCGACAGGGCAUAUGGUGAGGUCAAGGGCAACGAACAGUUCGACAUCAUUCUUAUCCCUGGAGGGUUAGGCGCUCGUCCUGAUUUCGUUAAACCCCCCGUCCUCGAAUUCUUGAAGCGUCAAGUUCCUGGUGCUAAAUACGUACUUGCUGUCUGCACUGGUUCCUGGCUUCUGGCCCAGGCGGGCUUGCUCGAUGGCAAGCGCGCGACAACCAACAAGGCAUCGUUCAAAAUCAUCCAGGAUGCAACAAAGGGUAACAAUAUUCAGUGGGUCGCCAAGGCACGCUGGGUCGUCGAUGGUAAUUUGUGGACUGGUUCCGGAGUCACUGCAGGCAUCGAUAUGGCUCAUGCCUUUUUGAAACACCUCGUUGGUGACGAGACCACGAAUGUGAUUCGAGGCAUCGUCGAAGUUGGCGUCCGUGAUGCAGACGAUGACGAGUUUGCUGAAUUCCACAAUUUGAUCUGAGGAAGUUCAGUUAGUGAAGUGUACCACAAGAUCAUUGUACUAUAUUGAUCCAAGUGUCCUUGUAAGCUGCGUGUGUAUGUUUUGAAAGUGUUAUGUUCAUUUGAUUGCUCCCCGCUGCCAUGACCAUAUUUAGUAGUCCACCUUCCAAAACAAGCAAUGCCUUGCCUAAAGUAGCAAGCGUUCGUGAGCUGGAGAUGAUGUCACCAACGUCGGUCACACGCUGGUGUCGCAUUUAGGCAGAGUGUAUCCUCACGGCCGCCGUUUCAUCCAGCUCACCUGGCGAUUAUAACCUUUCUCUUUCACCAUUAGUAACUGAGGAGCCUCAUGAUCACACUGGUAGCUGUAUGAAGAUGUUUGAAGGAUUGCAUAGUUCAUCAUGUGCAAGGUCAAGGCGAAGAUACGGGAUUCGAGGAGAUGCGCAUGUCGGGCUGAACAAACUUUGUUUGUAUGCUGUAAAAAUCCAAGUUGUAUUUCCUUGCUUCCAAUUCCAUUCCCAAAGACCUUUUGAGCUUACUCGGUCAUCACAUAAUGA